AUGGAUCACUCCCCGAAGAAGCGAAAACGCACAGCGAGUUCAGACGAUACUGAGAAACGGGCCUCGUCCUCGAAAAUGCGCCUGGAAGACGUGGGCUCCGACGACAGCGAAGGCGCCGAGUACUUCAUGCCAAACGAUCAUUUGACCCGGUCCCCCUCCGCUCGACCCCCGAGAAGGGACGAGACCUACUACCUUGAGGAUGGGAGCUGCAUCGUCCUUGUUGAUAAUGUUUUGUUCAACGUCUGUGCUAAGAGUGCUGUCGCCUUCAUCCUAGCUAAUGAGACGAUCAUCUUGCAGGUUCACAGGUCAAUCUUGUCGAAGGAUGGUUCGUUGUUUGCCACAAUGCUGAGCCUGCCGCAAGGCCAAGUUGUCGUCGAAGGCUGUUCCGAUGAGCAUCCGAUCGUGCUCAUGGACGACGCAGCCCAGGAGUUUCGGCACUUCUUGAGAGCGCUGUAUGCAUUACCCCACGAGCUGGGCGAAAUUACCUCCGACGUUAAUGUACUCAUCGACAUCGCCCGCAUAUCCAACAAGUACGCCUUCAAGUCCCUCGAGACAUGGGCCUUGGACGCCACCCAUGACUAUGUCACCCGCAAGCCCUCCCCCAUCCUCUCCUCCCUUCCCGCGCCCAACAAGUACCGCCUCACCACCGCCGAUGUCGUUGUCGAUUCCGAUUCCGAGGAGGGCGACACAGAAGCUGACGCGGAAAACGCGCGCAGCACUGCGCUGCUGUCCCGCCUCAUCCGCACGGCACACAUGUGUCAGCACGACAGGCUACUGGAGAGCAUGAUCGCCCUCAUGAAGCCGCUCAUGGUCGGCUCGCUACAGUACGCGCACCUCGCGAUGCGCCUCGCAGACGAGCUCGACAUCCGCGCGCUCCGCGGCUGCGCCUACCUCGAGGUCAUGCACAAGACGCCGCUCGUGCCCCUGCCCAUGACCCCUGCCACCACCCGACCCCCGCUCCCCCUCGCGCCCACGCAGCGCUUGCGCUUGCUCGCCGGCUACUACCGCCUGACGCGGACGUGGGAGACGCUCCGAGGUGCGGCGCCGCACUUCGACCAUGCCUCGGCGUGCGGCGCGACGUGGCACCAGCCCGGGUGCACGCAGAGCUUCAACGAGUUCUGGCGCGAGAAGACGCGCGGGGACGGCGUGCUCGCGCUGGGCAUGGCGGAUGUCAUCGGGCGGCUGAAGCAGAUUCAGCGUGACUUCGACCGGUGGGGGACGGCGGCGUACAUGCACCACGACUGUAGGAUGGCGGCGCGGAGGAGCAUCGUGGACGCGGUGAAGAAGGUGGAGGAGGCGUUGCCAGACUACUUCUCGGAUGGGUUCAUGGAUUGA